CUCACAAUGCGCGCCCUUUGUUCGGCGUUUGCUAUCUGCGGUCUUAUCCAUCUCGUCUACUCGAGAGACUCAGCCUGGAAUGGCCACGUCUCUCCUGGCUCCACGACUCCUGCGAAAUUCACACCCUUCUACGUUCCCAGCGGAAGCAAGCAGAUUGACUCCGAUGACCCAGCUAUCCGCCAUUCUCGCGCUUGGAAGACUAUUUAUUCUCCAGCCUAUGUUAACGGCUCUGCUCUCAGCACAACACAACGCGACGCAUAUGCCACCUAUACCUUCUCUGGCACGGGCAUUGAACUUUAUGGCAGCAAAGGCAAACACUUUGGCAAGGCAGCUGUCUUUAUCGACGGAAAACUUGCACAAACAAUCAACAACUACGCCAGCCAAGACCAACAGCAGCAGCUUCUAUUCUCCAUGUAUAGUCUGACGUCGGCGGCGCAUGAGAUUAAAAUAGUCAAUAAAGGCUCAACGACAGGCUCUCAAUUGCAAAUUGACGCCUUCGUAGUGACAAGUCUCACAUCGCAGACCAAGCCUGUUGUGAACAACGAACAAUCUCCCACCCCAGAACGAAAAGUUCUCGUCGCUCAAACACCGACUUCUGGUGAGUGGCUGCUUACCCAGAAUGGCUCCACCGGCGUGGCCGCAAUGCAACUCGCCAUUAUCUCGUCGUCACACGCAAUUAUAAUUGACAAGGUCGAGCACAACCCACUUACAAUUGAUGGGCACCCUGCCUGGGGUGCACUGUACAACCUUAACACUCACGCUGUCAAGGCACUUCAUAUGAAGUCGAACUCCUUCUGUGCUGGCGGCACUUUUCUCUCCAACGGUACUCUCAUCAAUGUCGGUGGUAAUCCAGUUGUCUCGGACAAGACUGCUGCAGCUGACUUUGGGGACGUCGAUGGUUUGCAAGCAAUACGCCUGUUCCACCCUUGUGACUCGGACUCUGUGGUAGACUGUGACAUCUAUGAGAAUCAUACUCGGAUUCGUAUGGCAUCUCCUCGCUGGUACAACACUGUGAUACGCCUUUCGGAUGGAAGCGCAAUGAUUAUAGGCGGUUCCAAGAAAGGUGGCUGGAUGAACAAUGCUACUACGAAUAACCCAACUGUAGAAUACUACCCUCCCAAAGAUAUCAAGGGGUCUAACGGGCUCCCGAUUACGCUUCCCUUUCUAAAGGAAACUCUGAACUCAAACCUCUUUCCCAUCGCAUUCUCACUUCCAGACGGUAGGGUCUUUAUCUCAGCAAACGAGGAUGCCACGAUCUAUGACUGGAAAACAAACUCUGAGCGUCGUCUACCACAGAUUCCAAAUGGGGUGCGCGUGACGUAUCCUAUGACAGGCACCGGUCUUCUGCUUCCUCUGUCUGCAGAAAAUAAAUACACCCCUGAAAUUCUUCUAUGCGGAGGAUCCGCGGCGGAUGAUACGAAGCCAGGCUAUGAACUAAAUUCACAGGAUCCUGCUUCGUCACAGUGUUCUCGACUCGUUCUUACUGAAGAGGGUAUUGCCGCUGGCUGGCAAGUUGAACAGAUGCCUCAGCCACGUGUCAUGCCGGAUGCUGUCCUUCUACCGACUGGUGAGGUCCUGAUUGUCAACGGAGGUGCCUCGGGCAUCUCAGGUUAUGCGAACGUCAUUGGCCAAGUCGGUCAGUCGAAUGCUGAUAACCCUGUUUUGAUGCCUGUCCUGUAUGAUCCUUCUGCGGCAGCAGGUUCACGGUUUAGCAGUUCAGGAAUGCCGACCAGUGCAAUCCCGAGGUUGUACCACUCCGUUGCGACUCUCACGCCGAGCGGUGCUGUUAUGAUAGCAGGUUCAAACCCAAACCUUGACCGCAGUGAGGUAAAGUAUGGAACAGAAUAUCGAGUUGAAUGGUUGUACCCUCCAUACAUGAAUCAGGCACGUCCCACAAUUGCAGAAGCACCGGACAUGAUAGGCUUUGGGGGGUUGGCGCAUUUACGCGUGCAAUGGUCAGGGGGAGCGAAGCCGUCGAUAUCAGAUACAGUGAAGAUAGCGUGUAUGGACCUUGGGUACGUUACGCAUGCCGUACACGCGAACUCACGCUUGGUGUACCUUGAAUUCAAGCAUGAUCCGAACGAUGCAAGUACAUUACUUGCUAUGGGCCCUCCGAGUGGUGAAGUUUAUCCACCUGGUCCGGCAUGGUUGUUUGUGGUCGUAAAUGGUGUGCCAAGUGAAGGAAAGAAAGUACUUAUUGGCGAUGGUGCGGGACCGGAGGUGAAUGAAGCUGCAUUGAAGAACAUGCUGGAGAAAACCCAGGUUGAUCAGUACGAGGCUGAGAAAAAGGGCGAUGAAGAUGACAGUGAAUGACGACUCGGAUCGGACGGGCGUCCGUUUAC